AUGGCGGAGUUCUCCCAGAAUCGGGGCAAGCGGCGUGACGGCGAGGUGCUGGGUGGUGCUGUGGACUUCCUUCUGGCCAACGCCCGCCUGGUUCUGGGGGUGGGCGGAGCUGCUGUGCUGGGCAUUGCCACCCUGGCUGUGAAGCGGCUCAUCGACAGGGCCACCAGCCCUCGGGAUGAGGAUGACGCCAAGCGGGACUCCACGUGCCUGGAGGACAGCUGGCAGGAACUGAGCCUGCUCAAGGCCACACCACGCCUCCAGCCCCAGCCGCGGCCCGCAGCCCUCAGCCAGCCCGUGCCGCCCCCAGCCCCCUCACCCUCAGCCCCAGAGGGGCCCGCAGACGCAGAUCCCCCGACGUCGCCUCAGCUCUGCUCCCCAGCGCCGUCAGUGUGCCUGACGUUCCAGGAGAAGCUGCUGGCGUUCGAGCGGGACCACGUGACCGUGCCAGUGGCCCACGUGGCUCUGGCUAAGCAGCUGGCCGGCGGCAUUGCCCUGGAGCUGCAGGCCUACCUUCGGAACAAGUUCCCAGAGCUGCCCUUCGGGGCGCUCGUGCCUGGCGGGCUGCUCUACGAUGGGCUGCAGGCGGGGGCCGCCGACCCCGUGCGUCUCCUGGUGCCCCUGGUGCUGGAGCCUGACCUGUGGAGCCUGGUGCCCGGUGUGGACACCGUAGCCCAGGACCCUCGCUGCUGGGCCGUGCGCAGGACUCAGCUGGAGUUCCACCCCCGCGGGAGCAGCCCCUGGGACCGCUUCCUGGUAGGCGGCUACCUCUCCUCCCGGGUCCUGCUGGAGCUGCUCCGCAAGGCCCUGACCGCCUCCGUCAACUGGCCAGCCAUCGGCAGCCUCCUCGGGUGCUUGAUCCGGCCGCGUGUGGCCUCGGAGGAACUGCUGCUCGAGGUGCAGCACGAGUGUCUGGAGUUCCCCGUGGCUGUGCUCCUGGCCAUUGCCGGCGCCCAAGCCGGAGACCUCCUGCUGGCCUGGCCCCUGGAGGGGCUGGCCGGCAACCUCUGGCUGCAGGACUGGUACCCGGCAGAGGCCGCCCAGCUGCGGGCCCUGGAUGAGCGCGACGCCGGGACCCGCCGGCGGCUGCUGCUGUUGCUCUGCGGCGUCUGCCGUGGCCACCCGGCGCUGGGGCGGCUGGGCCGCGGCCCCCUGACCCAGGUGGUUCUGCACCUGGGCGAGCAGGAAGCGGACUGGGCUGAGGAGGCCCUGGGGGAGCACUUCCUGCAGGCCCUGGAGUUGCUCAUCGGCAGCCUGGAGCGGGCCAGCCUGCCCUGCCACUUCAGCCGUGGCGUGAAUCUCCUGGACGGCCUGCGGGAAGAGGACAUCGACGACAUGGGCUGUGCACUGUACUGGGGCCUGCGGGCCCCCGAGCGGCUGCUCUAG